CAGCGCGCAGGGCGGGCGCUGGAUGCGCCGGCGGGGGCAGGCGGGCGGCAGCCGAGCGGGACCCCGCGCAGCGGCGCGAUGAGCGCGGGCAGCGGAGCCGCGGCGGGCACCGCCACCUCCGCCCUCUGCCUGCUCCUCUCGCUCACCGCCGUGGCCGUGUGCCUGCUGCUGGGCGCCAAGACGGCGGAGCUGCAGGGCCGGCUGGCAGCCCUGGAGGAGCGCGGACCCGGGCCGCUGCUGGACGCGCUGCAGCCCCGCGUGGAGCAGCUCUUCCGAGAGAAACUGGGUGAAGGACUGGCAAAGCUGCGGACGGCGAGAGAGGCUCCAUCAGACUGCAUGUGCCCCCCAGGCCCUCCGGGGAGGCGAGGGAAGCCCGGCCGGCGUGGAGAACCAGGACCUGCAGUAAGUAUCGUGGAUUUUACUGUUGGAUCAACAAAGGGGCCUCUUGGUUUGGAUGGCAAACCAGGACCUCCAGGACCAAAAGGGGAAAAGGGUGAAGCAGGGGACAUCGGCCCGAGGAUGGUUUUUCCUCACCUCAAUCAUGGAUUUCUGGCUAAUGAUCAACUUGUCUUUAGCCGGCGAGUGCUCAAGGGUGAUCAAGGUCGAGAUGGAGCCACUGGUCCCCCUGGUCCACCAGGACCCCCAGGGGCCCGGGGUCCUCCUGGUGACACGGGAAAAGAUGGCCCAAGAGGACCUCCAGGCCCCCCUGGUCUCAAAGGAGAGCCAGGAGAGGAAGGCCUUGUGGGUGCCAGGGGACCUCCAGGACCAAAGGGUGAGCCUGGUGUCCAAGGGAAAAAGGGUGAUGAUGGGGUCCCUGGGGAGCCAGGACUUACGGGCCCUAAGGGAGAAAAAGGAAGCGUGGGUCCCAAGGGAGAGAAUGGCACAGAUGGCUUGCCAGGUCCCAAGGGUGAGCCUGGUGAGAAGGGAGGAGUUGGCUCCAUCGGACCACGGGGUCCCCCCGGCCUGAAAGGGGAGCAGGGUGACACUGUAGUGAUUGACUAUGACGGCCGAAUCCUGGAUGCUCUUAAGGGUUCGCCAGGUCCCCCAGGGCCACCGGGCCCCCAAGGCGCUCCGGGUCCAAAGGGAGAGCUGGGCUUGCCGGGUCCACCUGGGCUGGAUGGUGAGAAGGGUCCCAAAGGAGCGAAGGGUGACCAGGGCAGCGUGGGCAUCACAGGACAGAAAGGAGAGACAGGAGAAAUGGGCUUAGCAGGUCCACCGGGAGCAGAAGGACCAAAAGGAGACAAAGGAGACAAAGGGGACACAGGGUCACCGUGUUUGCAGAACAAUCACAUCAUACCUGAGCCUGGACCGCCUGGAUUACCUGGCCCUAUGGGUCCUCCAGGAAUCCAGGGGCCUAAAGGCUUGGAUGGUGCAAAGGGAGAAAAAGGUGACAGUGGGGAGAAGGGCGACCAUGGCCACACUGGACCCGCUGGUCUCCCGGGUGCUCCAGGGCUCAUCGGUUUACCCGGUACCAAAGGAGAGAAGGGAAAGCCGGGGGAGCCAGGAUUGGAUGGUUUCCCAGGUCUCAGAGGAGAGAAAGGAGAGCGAAGUGAAAGAGGCGAGAAGGGUGAGCGAGGAAUACCGGGCAGAAAAGGAGCCAAAGGGCAGAAGGGGGAACCAGGCCCCCCCGGACUGGAUCAGCCUUGCCCCGUGGCAGAUCGCAGCAUUGCAGGCUGCACAAGGGACCCAGGUUUACCAGGCCUGGAUGGGGUGAGCGUGCCCUGCCCUUUGGUACAGUAUCUGCUCUCUUUCCUCUUCUUGCAUGGCUUGUGUGUGUUUCUGCUGUGGCCAAGCCCUGUUCCAGUGAACCCCUCCAGGGAGAGGAAGGGACAUCAGGCAGCAGGGCUGGAACAAGAUGUUUCACUCAGGCAUUCACAGGGGAGGAUGCCGAUGUGCUGUGCCUUCUUCCUCCUAGUUAAAAUUGCUUUAGAUAAGGAAUAUAAGCAAUGGGAGAUCACGUUAGGGGAUGUUUGCCCUUUAUGGUAAGUUAGUUCUGCUUUCCCUCAGCACCUAUGGCCCAGUUUGGUUGCCUUGUGCCUGUGCUGCUGGAAGUCUGAUUCCCAGCUA